AUGGCUUUUGAUGAUAUAAACGCUAGAGAAGACAUUUUACCUAAUUAUCAACUCAGCCUAAUUAUUGGAAAUACGAAAGCAUCAAGCGAUUUAGGCGUAAAGGUUUUAUUUGAUUUUAUACGUUUACCGCCCCAAAAAAUUAUGCUGUUGGGUUGUGGAUUCGCUCGAGUGACAUCGGCAGUGGCUGGAGUUGUAAAUUAUUACAAUUUAGUCCAAACUUGCUUUUCUAACGGUGCUUGGAAUUUACCGCAAGUCAUGUUACUUAAAUACUACAAUUGGACUAAAGUAGCUAUCAUUGCGAGAAGAAGUGAAAUUUACGAUGUGAGUAUGGAAAGACUACUGAAUGAUUUACAUCACGCUAAAAUCCAAGUCAUCACAACUGAAGGAUUUAUUCCUGGAACCAAUUUCGACCGACAAAUUGGAAAUCUAAAGGCGAUUCGCAAACUCUCGAUUUCACGAUUUAAGAAACAUUUAAAAAUUACGGUUAAAUCUUGGUACAUUAACGGUGUAAAAGAAGAAGAUGUACGAAUCAUAAUUGGACAUUUCCAAGAAGAAGACGCAUUGGAAAUAUUUUGCCAGGCUUACAAGCAUGGAAUGUAUGGAGCUGAUUAUGUCUGGAUUGUACCUGGCUUUCUGUCUUCUACGUUCUGGGAUAAAGCCGUUAACGUAAAACACGUUAAUUGUACACCACAAGAAAUUGCCAUAGCCGCCAAUUAUUCUCUCUCAAUCGAUUUUGCUACGAUUAAUACUGCUGAUGAAACUACCAUAUCUGGCAUGACACCACAAUCAUUUGAUAUUAGAUAUCAUAACUGGCCAUCAAUUGUCAAUCAUACUUAUUGGCCUAAUAGUUACGCUGGUUUUACAUACGAUGCUGUUUGGGCAGAAGCUUUAGCUUUAAACAGUUCUCUUAGUCGAAUAACAAAACUUAAUCGAAGUUUGGACGAUUUUCGGUACAGCGAUAGUGAAAUGGCAGGAAUUUUUAAAGAGGAAAUGUAUCGAGUCAAUUUUUCUGGGAUAAGUAACAUGAUCAAAUUCGAUAAAUACGGUGAUGUACAUCCUCAUAAUACCUAUUUAGUUCAACAGCAAGGCAAUGCUAAGAGAUUUGUAGCUACUAUAAUAGCUAAAGAGAAUCUAAUAGAUUUCAAUACAAUCCCUCCAAAUGUUAUUAAAUGGGCAGGUAAUGGACCUCCAGUUGAUCAGGUCAAACGUGUUUACCGUCUGUUAAGAAUCCCUUUGGCUAUAUUUAUAAUCAUGACUAUCUUAUCUUGCAUUGCUAUAUUAAUAGCAGUAGCCUUUCUGAUUUACAAUGACAAAAACAGAAAUAAAAAGGUUAUUAAAAUGUCUAGCCCAAAUCUAAACAGCCUAAUUCUGAUUGGAUGCAUAAGCUUGUAUUUAUCAGUUAUUGCAAGUGGAACAAUUAGUGUUGUUGAAUCUCCUAUCUUAUGCAUGUUACCUCCUUGGCUCACAACAAUUGGAUUUGCAAUAGUCUCAGGCUCAAUGUUUGCUAAAACGUAUCGGGCUUAUAAGAUCUUUACUACUAAGAAACGAAUUUCUGUUUCUUUCAGCAACGAUUCUAUAAUAGUGAUUUCACAGCUGCUGGAAUGUGACUGCCAACAUGGCACCAUUUGGCUUGUGACUAUUUUAGCUCUUAAUGGAUUUGUGAUAAUUUUUGGCGCAUUUAUAGCAUAUGAAGCAAGGAAGAUUAAAUUGCUGAUCAUGAAUGAGUCCAAGCAAAUCGCUAUAUGUAUUUACAAUGUUGCAUUACUAUGCAUUAUUGUCAUACCGAUCACAUUUUCUCUACCUAAUACAUCUGGUGGACCUUACAUCACUUCUUGUGGCUUGAUUUUGUAUUGCACAACUACUACUAUUUGUAUCUUCUUCAUUCCUAAGUAUUUAACAGAAAUCUUGACAAUUUGGCCAAAUUGUAAACAAGUACAUGGCAAGCCGCGACAUUCUCAGUCGCAAGGCUCCGUAGAGCGAGCCAACCAAGAUGUAGAGGCUAGCCAUUUACCGUUGAUUCAGUGGCAGAAAAAUUCAAGGUUUCAUUCUGGGAUUGGGAGGUCACCUUACGAGGCAAUGUUUGGUAAAAAGCCUAGGGUCGAUAUUGACGGCAGAAAAUUUUCUAAAAGUGUGCUAGACAAGAUAGGUUACAUACAAGGUACAGAUGAAGAUAAUAUCGAAUCACAGCCGUUUGAAAAUAUACCAGAUUCAGAAGAUGAGCUAAGCAGCCAAGAAUCUUCCUUCGACGAUUUAGAAUCGAAUGCUGAUUUAUGCGUCAGUUGCCAAAGACCAUCUAGUAGAGCACAUAAGUGUCGUAUUUGCAAAAACUAUUGCCAUGCAAUACCGCCCUGUUGUGCUUCUACGGAUAUUGAAGAAGGGUUUGGUAGUCUGGUUACCUGUCGACUAUGUGAAUCAGAAGAGCACACACGUAACUUGAGGCAGCAAUCGAAGAGAAAAUUGCAGCAACAAGCAGAAACAAUGCUGCAGAAAUCGGUAAAAAGGCUAAAGUCAGGCAUAGUUGGUGACACCGUGCUGAUUCCAUUGCCAGAACCUGAUAGAGAGAAAAGCCAAUUAAGGAACGUGCAAGCCUGUAUUUUUUCUGUAUCAAAAGAUAAUUAUUACCAGUUAGGAACAUGGCAUGGCCUAAUAAAUAGGUUACAUGAUGCCACCCAGCUUACCCUAUGUAAGGAAUCGUUCUUAGCAAAAGAUGAUAUAAAUUGUAAUGUUAAAAUUAGUCUUAGAGAAACUGCCAAAUUAGAAUCUGUUAUCACUGGCCAAAAAUCUCAUUUCUGUGGUUGCUAUACAUCUUGCAUUACUAGCCGAUGCAAAUGCUUUAAGGCUAAUGUUAAGUGCAACAGUAAAUGUCAUCAUCAGAGAACCUGUAAAAAUAAAUAA